UGGAAAAACGCCUAAACUUGCGGACCACGUUCUCACCCGUUCACAAUAUAAAAUAACGUUUUUUUUCCUUAGAACACCGGAAUCCCUCGCCUCCACCGCACGUGCCACGACGGCCGGCGUCUGUUUCCCAUCUGGCCCACGCGUUUGCGUCAUAAGCCUUUCCCUUCUUGUUCUUUCUCUAUAAAAUCCACGAAUUGGAACUCUCCAUCAUCUAUCUUUCGUUUCUCUUGAAAGCAGCUCACAAUGUCGGUAAGAACUGUCAAAGUCAGUAAUGUUUCUAUAGGAGCAACUGAGCGAGAUCUCAAGGAGUUCUUUUCUUUUUCUGGUGAUAUUGAAUAUGUCGAAGUGCACAGAUGCAGUGAUAAUGAACAAUCUCAAGUUGCAUAUGUUACCUUCAAAGAUUCACAGGGAGCCGAAACUGCUGUACUUCUUUCGGGAGCAACAAUUGUAGACCUGGCUGUCACAAUAACUCCAGAUCCAGAUUAUGAGCUGCCACCUGCAGCUUUAGCACCCCCACCAACUGAAACACCUGGCGGUGCUGAAUCUGCCUUCCGGAAGGCAGAGGAUGUGGUUACUAGCAUGCUUGCCAAGGGCUAUAUUUUAGGCAAAGAUGCAGUCAACAAAGCAAAGACUCUUGAUGAGAAGCAUCAAUUGACUUCAACAGCCUCCUUUAAAGUUGCUUCUCUUGACAAAAAAAUAGGCUUGACUGAGAAGAUCAGCGUUGGCACGACCAUUGUAGGUGACAAAGUCCGGGAAGUGGAUCAGAAAUUUCAGGUUUCAGAGAAAACUAAAUCAGCAUUUGCAGUAGCUGAGCAAAAAGUUAGUACUGCAGGAUCUGCUAUCAUGAAGAAUCGGUAUAUUUUUACCAGCGCUGCUUGGGUAACUGGUGCUUUCAACAAGGUUGCAAAGGCAGCUGGGGAUGUUGGUAGCAAGGCAAAAGAGAAGGUAGAAAUUGCUGAAGAGGAGCAAAAGAGAAAGGUGGUGGAUGAAUUUGCGCAGGUUCACCUAUCCGAGUCACCAAAAGCGCCUGCUGAACGCGAGGAACCACCUUCCAAGCCUGCCCCAGUUCAAGGUUUGAUCCUUUGAUUUACUGCUGUAAAUUUUGUUUUCAAUUCAAACCUGGAGUUAUUUCAUACCAGAAAAAGUGUCGAAUAUAGGACGUGCUUUACCAAAUUACUUGGAUUUGAUUGCAUGUAAUGUCUUUUGUUUCUAAAAAUGUCAAUAGACCGAUAUGUGUGUUUCUGCUGUUUUUAUUGGAGUUGCCUAAUUGCGAGCAAA